GCUCAAGGCUUUCCUGGACUCUGAACGGACCAAAUCCAGUGAAAAAGCAGCACAAUUUUUUCGGAUGCAGGCAAUGGCCUUUGACGGAGACAUGGUCUUGUGGAAAACGCCAGGCCUCUAUGCGACACCAACGGCCCCGGACCCCCUGCCCGUGCGCUCCGCCUUGGCCGCGCUGCUGCGGAGCAGCAACGUGCCACGCCAUGCCACGCCCGCGCCCCAGCCGCUGACUGAGCUCGCUGAAGCUGAUGCUGCUGUAUCUCUGAGACCUGCGUCAAGAGGCACAAUUGAACAGUUUCUCCUGCGAGCUUCGCAAGGACCUGCCGGUUCCGAACCGGACCGGUGCCGAACGGGAAGAGGCGGCUGGAGGGUUCGCGGCAGAGGCGGAGUCUGAGAGCGAAGAAGCGUGCUAUGACUUGGUUUUUGAGGUGACAGGAUGGUGACAUGGAAGCAUUGUGACUUACACGAACGUAGUGUAUUCUCUUGUCCUAUUUGAGCAACUCUAAAAACCUUGCUUUAUGUGUUGAGACAAGGUCUUGUCAUAUGAAGCCCUCGCGUAAGCAAACACCAUGACUUUUGUAAGGUUGCGUAACCAUUUCGGGAUAUGAUGUUGCUGAAGCACUUGCGUAAGCUCAUUCUUUUUUUUUUUCUGAGUCCAAGAUUGAGAAAGAGGAAGACAAGCAGCCACAUUGGAGCUGUUGCAUGUGUUUGUGAUGUUCUUGUUUGGGACUUAGUAGGAUGGACUAUCAAGGUUGUUCUGAACACAAUCUAUGCUCAUUCAGCCCUUGGGCCCUUGAGGAACCUUUAGUAAAUUUAGCUGUUUUUAGUUCAGACAGGAAGAUGGGGAAGGAGACCCAUCCCUGUCCGGGCAGUCAAGCAGUGUUGGCCAAAUGCGCCAACCUGUUUGGAAUGAACGUCACCAAGCUUGGAUCACAUGAUGUUACACUUUUGUUUGCACAGAAGGAUUUUUGCGCAUAAGCUGCGUGUAAGCAGUUGCGUAAGGAUGGCGUAAGCGCACUCAUCCAAGGUGACUAGUAUACUUGUAGCCCAGAAUGGGAGCAGGCUGGACCCCAAGCAGGAGACGAACACCAGCUUAACCGAGAGUUCUCUCGCCCGGAAGUUGUUCAAAUCUUCAUCGAUUCCACGGCCAACGCAAAUUUUGGACUUCAUUGGUUGUCAGCCAAGGCUCAGGCAUUGAGCAAGCAAGCGCGCAGACGCGCAAAUAGGGACCGCAGGAUCUGAGGAAAUUAGCUUUUCUUGCCUGACUAGUUCCGCGUAAGCCAUAACUGUGGUUUGCGUAAGGAUGGCGUAACCGCCAGCGGAAGCAAAUUGAUGCGGCGUAGGGAGUUACUGCAGGCCUUUUGCCAGCUAUUUUUUGGCAAUAAAGAACAAAUUGUCACCAAGCGCCCAGACAACAGAGGUUUUGCACAUGGUGCUCUUCUGUUCAAUUUGACAAGCAUGCACAUACCUUGAAAGCCCUUUGAGAUGUCAUACAUGGCCAUCAGCAAACCAGGAAUCCAUCAUAAACAGGUUACAGAAGCUGCCUGUAGUCCCGCACAUUUCUUGCGUUCGAGACCCUUUGAAUUGAUGCCAGCGAACAAGCCACGAAGCACCGAACGAAACGCAAUGAGAAACCAUGAUCGUGCGAAACGCAAAACUUUCAAAAAAUCUCAAAACCAGAAUCCAUAGUCAAUUCUCCAAGCAGCGAAAGAACAUGUUCUUUUUUGUAUUCAUAUAAGUACUCACGGGGUGUCCCAUAUAUACUGUAUAUAUGCAAGUAGCAUGAAAAACGCUGUGAACACGAUUGUUCAUGUUUUCUUUCUCAUUGGUAGUUUUGGUUUCGCAAGAGUUUCACUGGAAGACUAAAGACGCUCCCACAGGUACAUCAGGUCCACUUCCCUCACCGAGCGUUCCCAGGACGGACGCCAACGACUCCAUGAUGCCAGUCAUUUUCUUUCGAUUAUCUCCUUGUCGUAGGGAUAGAGAGACACUGCGACUCUCAUGGAUGGAGAGACUCAGCAUGGAACGAUGUGGAAUUUUGUUGUCCCA